GGGAGUUAACAACUUGGGGAGGAGAUAGGGAGAGGAGGUGGGUCUUAGGACCUUGUUGGGUCCCAGCUGCCUCCUCACUGCGCUCCCGGGCCCGGCCGUGUUCGCUCGGGAGCGACGUGCAGCCAGUUGGUCGCGGGAGGGGAUGGAGCGGGCGAGCCGCUGCUCCGUGCUGCUGCUGGGCAGCGUGUUGCUGACAGUGGCCCAGUAUGAGAAGUACAGCUGGCGCAGUUUCCCGGAGGCCGAGCUGGUGCCCCUGGACUCGGCUUAUCGCUACUCGCUGCAACAGUUCACGGCGGGCAACUGGCGGGAGAGUAUCCGCUACCUGGAGCUGAGCCUGCGGCUGCACCGGCUGCUGCGGGAGAGCCAGGCUCACUGCAGCACCGAGUGCCAGCUGAGCCCCGGCCAGCCGCAGCCCAGCUCCGGCUCCAGCUUCAGCGAGCUGCGGGCCUUCGCUCAGAUCCUGCACCGCGCCGUGUGUCUGAAGCGCUGCAAACGCUCGCUGCCCGUCUUCAGACUCGCCUACCCGGAGAGGGAGACCCUGCAGCAGAUGGAGAGUCGGAUCCCCUACAGGUACUUGGAGAGCGCCUACUUCCAGCUCCACAACCUGGAGAAAUCCAUCGCUGCCGCUCACACUUUCCUGCAGAAGAAUCCCAAGGACGCGGCCAUGCAGAAGAAGAUGAAUUAUUACAAAACCAUCCCCGACAUCGACUCUUACCUUGUGGACGUGGAAGCUCGGGAGCACGAGACAUUGUUUCUGAAGGCAGUGAAGGCUUAUAACAGCGGGAAUUUCCGCAGCAGUAUAAGCGACAUGGAGCACGCCCUUCCAGAGUAUUACAAAGUGCAUCAGGAGUGCAUCAAUGGCUGCGAGGAUUCAUGUGACGUCACCGACUUCAAGGACUUUUACCCAUCGGUAGCAGACCAUUAUGUGGAGACACUGAAGUGCAAAGUGAAAUGCGAGCAGAAUUUAACUCCCAACGUUGGCGGUUUCUUUGUGGAGAAGUUUGUUGCCACCAUGUACCAUUACCUACAGUUUGCGUACUACAAACUGAACGAUAUUAAGAACGCAGUGGUCCUGUGUGGCCACCUACAUGCCUCUUUGACCCACACGAUUGAAAUCAUGGCAGGCAAAACGUGGUGUACUACCGGUUCUACCGGGAGAAGUGGGGCCUGCAGGAGGAGGAUUUCCAACCUCGCGCCGACGCACAGCUCUAUCACAACCUGACCCGGCUACAGAUCGAGUUACUGGAAUUUGCGGACAACUACCUGCAGCCAGAUGAUGAGAUGGAGGUGUCGGAUGAGCCAGUUUCUGGAGGGCCGGAAGAAAUGUCGGAUGCGGAGUUCGAGGGGUUAGGGGAUUACGAGGAGACGAUCCUUGCAGACUGGUGGCAGGUGCCAAAGCAGAAAGGAGACCUGGAUGAUGCAUCUGAGUAGCCGUGGACUGGCCCAUGAGCCUGAAACCUCAGACACUGCUGUGUGGCUAGCAAGCUCAGUGUAGUGGCAAAAGAUCAAGUUGAGAGAGAAAUGUGCGUCUUUUAAUGUGCCUGUAAUAUUCCCAGGGAGGAUGAGGUGAGAGAGUGAACCUGGUGCCCUGGGGUUGGAAGAAAAUGUUCUGGAAUGUUGCUGAUUCAGUUGAGCCUCAAGCACUCUAGAUCCUUGCCGUCUGAUAACUGCACGCACCUCUCACCUUUGACGCCAGACGAAGAUGCAGUGCUGAGGGUCAUGUAUUCCAAGCUACACUUUUUGAGGCUGACAACUGAUUCACUUUCCCUGAUUUUUUUCUCUUUUCCAAACUCUAGUUCGUUUCCACCCAGUCCAUUCCACCUCACACCCAAUGCUCUGCCAAAGAAGAUGGAAAGAGCUCGGCACCUGAUCCCCGGCUCUGCCUCACUCAACAUCCUGAGGACGAGCUGGGGACCUGGGCUGUGUGGCUCAGCUGGGAUCGGUUCACUCACUGGAGUGUGCACUGGAGUGGGUGGAGGGUUGAAAUUGGGAGUCCGAGCCCAAUCCAAGGUGCACCAGGACUUCAAUGGAGGAGAUAAUGAAGCUGCUGAGGCUUGGGUUGGAUGGGAACAAUGACUGGUUCACACAAUCUCUGAAAGGUCAGGGAGCAUUCUAUAACUCAGGACUUAGGUAAUGAUUCAGCUAGUUAAAACCUCAAGUUGCAUUUUGAGAUUUUUGGUUUAUUUUGAGGAUAUAAAGGUCAAUCAAUAAAAGUGACCACCGAAUUGUUGGAUUUCCAU